GUCGUUCUCCGGUUUGCUUUUAGAUCACGCUGCACUUCACUACACCAAACGAUGCCAACUCAUUCGUUCGAGCAUCUCCUUCCAACGAGCUGGAAGUCUCAGGUUACGGCGUGGCUCGCAGAAGAUACUCCUUCAUUCGAUUACGGAGGAUACGUUGUGGGAGAGGUCGAGCGGGAGGCCCACCUUCUUGGGAAGGGGAAGACGCCUGCCGUCCUCGCCGGUCGUCCCUUUGUCACAGAAAUCUUUGCACAGCUUGGAUGCUCGGUUGAGUGGCUUCUGGAAGAGGGUGCAAUUUUCGAACCCAUUUAUCACGUUGCAACCGUCCGCGGUCCAGUCAGACAGCUACUACUCGGAGAGCGCGUCGCGCUCAACCUUCUCGCGCGGUGUAGUGGCAUCGCGACCAAGUCCAUGCGCAUCAAGGAUAUUGCGACCGGUCAUGGGUACAGGGGUAUCAUCGCUGGCACACGCAAGACGACCCCAGGAUUCCGCCUGGUCGAGAAGUACGGCAUGAUUGUCGGCGGCAUCGAUCCCCACAGGCACGAUCUUUCGAGUAUGAUCAUGCUCAAAGACAAUCACAUCUGGUCAUGCGGCUCGAUCACCGCCGCUAUCAAUGCUGCCCGUGCAGUCGGCGGCUUCAGUCUGCUCCUCGAUGUUGAGGUGCGUUCUGAAGAAGAGGCAGACGAAGCUAUCGAGGCAGGGGCCGACGUCGUGAUGCUUGAUAAUAUGGAAGGCGAUGCCCUUGCCGGCGCAGCGCGGCGCCUCAAGAAGAAGUGGGCGGGCAAGCGUUCGUUCCUUUUUGAGUCAAGCGGGAACAUUACGGAGGCGAACUUGUGCGAGCGUGCGAUACCAGAAAUUGACAUCCUAAGCACAAGUGCGGUGCACCAGUCCGUACAGCACAUCGACUACAGCCUCAAGAUCCAAAUGUCGGAGUAAGCAGGCACGGAGAAGGUUUUCGCGGCCGGCAGGCGCAUCUGAUCUGCCAACUUUUUAUGCAUAUCUAUGUUCGAAUGGUAAAGCACUGUUUAUAGAUAACACUGGAUCCAUGAUGCUACAAAGCUGGAUAUAAAUC